AUGAGAAAUAAUAGUGUUAAACCACAAUUCCUCAAUUUAAUAUUUAACCCUUCUUUUAUUCAUCUCCUUCAUUCAUUCCUAUCAUCUCCUUCAAUUCUCACAGACACACUAAUCAAUGGAGAUUACCCAUCCUUUUCAUGAGGAACAUCCCUUGGUGUUAGUGACAGAGCAAAGCAAUGAAGGUCUCAAAGCUUACUGCGAUGGAUGUGGGGAACUACUUUCAACUCCAUGCUUCACUUGUAUUCAUUGCAACUAUCACCUUCACAAGCAGUGUGCAGAGGCACCCCUUCAAAUUCCUAAUCACCCUAUCCAUCCCAAGCACUCAGACACAGGUUUUUUUCUUCGACAAAGGCCAUACCUUGAUGAUCAUUGGGUAAAUGGUUGUGCAUUAUGCAAGGAAAAACGUAACAUGUUUUUUUAUGAGUGUUAUUCUUGUUAUUUUUUCCUUGACAUCAAAUGUGCUCAUUUAUCUUCUUCGUAUAAGUUUAGCCAACUGUCCAAAUAUGACAUCCACAAACAUCCAUUGACCUUCAUAGAAAGUCACAUGGCCAUAGAUGUACUCAAAAACUUCAAUUGCCUCUGGUGUCAUGAACCAUUGACAUAUGAUAUAUAUUUUUGUUCUGACUGUCCAUCAUUCAUCGCUCACAAGAAAUGCCUUAAUGAGUUACCCACUAAAAUUAAUCACCCUUCCCAUCACAUACACCCUCUUUUCCUUAACUAUAGUUAUCGCAACCAUUUUUGCAACCUAUGCCAAAAGGAACAUUCUGGACAUUUUUAUUGUUGUUCUCUUUGCCAUUUUAACAUCAAGCUUGAAUGCGCUUUGUUGAGGUCCAUUAUUGAAGAUAAAAGAAGCCAUCAACAUCCAUUCUCUUUGCUUUGGAGACAAGGUUCAUUCAUUUGUGAUGCAUGUGAUACUGAGGGAAAUUAUAUUUCUUAUAUAUGUUUGAAAUGUUACAUUGUAGUCCAUAAGAAAUGUAUUUCACUCCCGCGCGUUAUCAAAUUUUCUCGACAUGAUCACUGCAUUUUUCACAAAUAUUUUCUUGAAACACAAGAGCUUACAAAGCAAGAUUGCAAGAUUUGUUUCAAAAAAGUGAAACUAGAUCGUGGGAGUUACUCUUGUGGGAAGCCAGGUUGCAAUUAUGUUGUCCAUGUGAAUUGUGUCUUGGAGAAUGAAAAGUUGUACGAGGUAAUUGAGGAUGAAAAGCAAUAUGAGGAGCUUUAUGAAAAAUCUAUACAGUCUUCCGCCAUUCGUGUUAUUGAGGUGAAUGAAGCUGGGGAAGCUACAAAGAUUGAACAUUUCAGUCAUCAACAUCGCUUGGUGUUAGCAGACAAGAUGGAGGAGGAAAUUGAUAGAAAAUGUGAUGGGUGCAUGCUAUCUAUCUCAACUAUCUUCUAUUAUUGUUCAGAAUGCCCUUUUUUUCUUCAUAAAACUUGUGCUGAAUUACCAAAAAUCAAGCGUCAUUGGUUUCGUCAAUGGAACGCCAUCCUCGACUUCAAAGGCUUCCUGGCAUGUAGCCUUUGUCGCCAACAUUGCAAUGGCUUCUUUUAUAGAAUUAAAGGAUGGCAAAUUUGCAUUAGGUGUGCUAAAGUUGCUGAUAUCAUUGAAUGUGAAGGACACCAGCACUUUCUCUUUUUUGAUUUCAAAUGCAAGGAGAAAUGUAAUGGUUGUGGUAACAAGUGUUGGUUUGGUGCAUUUAGAUGUGGAGAGUGCAGAUUUGUUUUGGAUUUUGGAUGCUUAACAUUACCACAAUCAGCUCUUCAUAAAAUUGAUGAACACAUACUAAACAUUACUUAUGAUGAUGAUAAAAAGCAAAGUUGGUGUGAUAUUUGUGAACAAGAAAGAGAUCCAAGCCUUUGGUAUUAUUCUUGUUCAAUUUGUGAUACUUCUGCUCAUCCCAAAUGUGUUCUUGGAAAAUUUCCAUUUCUCAAGGAUGGGAGCACAUUUUCUUCUAAUAAACACAAUCAUCAUCAUGAUCUUAAAUUUUUUAAGAAGGUUGAGGGCUACCCUGAAUGCUCUUAUUGUGGUAAGCUUUCCCAUGAAGAAAUUCUCAAAUGUAAAGAGUCUACAUGUGACUAUAUUCUCCAUUGCAAAUGUCUGGAUUACUAAGUUUAAAGCUUUGUGAUGUGUUUUGUUCAAAUGGAAAGCACUAGAGGUUUUAUUCGAUCCAAAGAGUUCACAGAGGAUUUGACAUUUCAUUCCUACUUCUUGAAGGAUGUUCAAAUUUUAAGUGUGUUUUGAUUUAAGUGUUGCUUUGUUUAAAAUUUGUUUGGGUUUGUAUGAUUUGAACUCGCUAUUGCUUUGUGAUUCAUCUAUGAUUUAUUUGAGUUUGUAAAAUUUGAUUUCA